GGAAAAUCUUGGGCACCUGCAAAGACACUACUCGCACUUCAGCGCUUCAGCUGAGUCACAGACUCAUGUUCACUAUUCUUCGUCGAAGGCGCUCUUGCUGCGAGGCAUAGUCAUAGACUCCGUUAACACCACAAGUGUAACAUGGACCUCUCGACAUCGUCCAGGCGAGCGUAGACAGCACAAACCUUGGACGUUAGGUCUUGUGAUCACUACGUGGGCCAAAUUCGCAAAGGCGUUUGUCCAAAAUCCACAUCCCUCGACAAAUGAAGCACUAGCCGAUGCCUUCUGGAAGACAUUAGUCCAGGGUCGCAAAAUGGAGGGCGGCGCUUUCACCCCGGCUGAUCGACUCGCCGCUCUGUCUACCAUCGUCGACUUCUUCAAAGCUGAUUUAUCCUUGCCUUCUGACGUGCAAUCUAGCGAGCUUGGGGGCGAUUGCACGGAAGAUAUCAAUUGGCGUGGCCGACCAGAAUUGCUCUGGAUGUACUUGUCCGAGGAGCUGGAGACUCUUAGACUUUUCGUGAGUGCUGAUGGCCGAUUGGGGCUCGGACACUAUGAUGUAGAGCCGGGAGACCGGAUUGUGCUCUUCGCUGGCGGGAAUAUGCCAUUCCUUGUAAGAUCUGUCGGUGGCAGUAACAAGAUCGUUUCAGUCUGCUACCUUCAUGGUGCUAUGCAUGGCGAGGUCUGGCCUGGCGAGGGUGGCCUUGAAGAUUUGGAAAUUUGCUGAAAUACAAGUUUGGCUUUGGAACAGGCAGCCACUUAUC